GAAUCCAAUGAAAAGAAUCGUUCAGGUGUUACUUGUGGGUUGACAUUUACCCUAUCGGGUCUGGAAGUUGCUAGGACUCAACUUAAUUGGCAGCAGGUGAAAUUUGUCUCGUCGGUGUGUGUAGGACUUAAUUAAAUUUCUCAUAGUUGAUACAUUCGUUGUCGCUAGGUUGUGAAAAAAGUAAAACCUGAAAUUACUUGGAAAUUACGUUCGCUAAGAUUCGUUCUAAUUUUAAACUGGUGAUUUACCCGUAAGACAGUGAGCAUGGAAACAUCAUUUAUGAAUCGUAAUCGUCCAUCCGAAGAGUGAUUCAUUCCCUGAAAACGGAUCAUUCUCUAGCAGCCUUGACUUUGUUAUGCCAGGUCGGGUUGCAGUUGAAACAAACAUGACGAAAAACCAGAAUCAGAGACCAAAUGAGAUCAGAAACCCGGCAGUCAACUCUUCCAAGAAGAGAGAAGAAAGAGCCAUGCGAGAAGCAUUUAGAAAAGAACAUAAAAUUGAGUCGUAUCUCGCUGAUGAUGAAAACUUUCCCGUUUUCUCAAUCCAGUUGAAAAAAAUGGGACUGCAGUUGAGGGACAUUCCAGGUGACGGCAAUUGUCUGUUCCGCGCCCUUGGGGACCAGCUGGAAGGUCACAGCCGAAACCACUACAAACACCGUCUGGACGUCGUGCGAUACAUGCAGGAAAACCGUGUGGAUUUUGAACCAUUUAUCGAGGACGAUGUCCCCUUCCUGGUCCACAUUCAGAAUUUGAAGAAACUCGGAACGUAUGCUGGAAAUGACGCCAUUGUAGCCUUUGCUCGACUCCAUUCUGUUAACAUUGUUAUUCACCAGCUAGAUGCAAAACACCUUAUGAUUCAAGGCUCAUCGAAUCCGAAAGUCCGCCAGCUUCACAUUGCAUACCACAAUGGAGAUCAUUACUCCAGCGUGCGCAAAGCAUCUGAUAACACUGAGUCUCCGGCUAAUAUCAGAUUACAGGAUGAAGUAAAAGUCAGCGAGGACUGCCCGGCUAAGACUACCGGUCAGCUGAACGGCUACGCAAACCACCAGCUGGCCGUCGUCCGAGCGGUGCGUGGGUACGAGGAUAUAGAGGAGGAAGUGAUGAACGCAACACAGUGUAAGGAUACUAAUAAGGUGCGAGAAGUGUUACUCGACUGUGAUUAUGAUGUCGAUCUGGCCAUCUCUCACAUGCUUCAGGUCAUGGAGAUUACAGAUGGUUCUGAUGACACCCUUUCUCUGGCGUCUCAGCGAACGUCCACUGACAGUGGGGUGUGGUCAGACGGCACGGUCGGGCGCAACUCAUGUAAGAAGGUGCACUUCAGAGAGGACAGCUAUGGCGGAAGUUCCGGUUACGGUUCAAUGACCAGCGAUCGCGGGGGAGCAAGACCCAAGUUACCACAGCAUCAGUACUCUGCGAGGAAAACGAAAGAAUUGCGGAAAGUGGAGAAGAAGAAAAGGGCGGAGGAUCGACAUCGGAGGAAGGUUUUGGUGUACCAGCCCGUGCGCAUACCAAGCGAAGAUGAAAGCAGUGUGGUAACGGUGAUUUCUAGAGCCUCGUCGAUCACAAGAAUUUAACCCUGACCGUCUCUGCUGACAUAAUCAAACUGCAACUAGUGUGUAAAUACGUGAAUAUGCCAUGUGAUCAUAGUGUUUUCCAUAAUGGUGAUUUCUCGGGCCUCUUCGAUCACAAGAAUUUAACCCUGACUGUCUCUGCUGACAUAAACAGUAACUAGCGUGUGAAUAUGCUGUAAUGGUGAUUUCUCGGACCUCUUUGAUCACAAGAAUUUAACUUUUGACAUCUCUGCUAAAUUAAACAAACAGCAACCAGCCUGUAAAUAUGCUAUGUGAUCAUACAGUAUAAACUGUAAUGGUGAUUUCUCGGGGAGAUUCUGUCUGAUGAUAUUGUGUAUGUUGUGUUGGUGAUUCCUAGAGGAGCUGUCUGAUUGUACAGUUUAUGUUAUAGUGAUUUCCUGGCAAGCUGCCCAAUGAUACAGUUUAUAAUUUUAUGGUGAUUCCUAGGGGGAGCCGUCUGAUCAUACAUAAACUGUUUAUGUUGUGGUGAUUUCCUGGGGAGUUGUCUGAUGCAGUUUAUUAUUUUAUAGUGAUUUCCUGGCAAGCUGCCCAAUGAUACAGUUUAUAAUUUUAUGGUGAUUCCUAGGGGGAGCCGUCUGAUCAUACAUAAACUGUUUAUGUUGUGGUGAUUUCCUGGGGAGUUGCCUGAUGCAGUUUAUUAUUUUAUAGUGAUUUCCUGGCGAGCUGCCCGAUGAUACAGUUUAUAAUUGUAUGGUGAUUUCUAGGGGAGCCGUCUGAUCAUACAUAACCUGUUUAUGUUGUGGUGAUUUCCUGAGGAGUUGCCUGAUCAUACAGAUUAUUAUUUUAUAGUGAUUUUUAGGAGAGCUAUCGUCAUUUAAUGCAGCGCAUGUUGUUAGUGAUUUUUACACAAACAUUUAUUUGAUCAUGUAGUAUAUGUUAUAGUAAUUUCUAGGGAUGCUUCUGAUGAUACCGUGUAUGCAUUACAGUAAUUUAUCGUUUCUAUCGGCUGAUUGUGAUGACAGAUAAAGCAAAGUCCUAUACCUAUAGUAGCAGGAUUUGACAUCACUCAUGUGACAUCACACGCAUAGCUACAUUACAGAUUCGCUCAUUUGACCUCUAGGUCAACGUACAGUGUAGCUGACUACAGAAAUAAUAGCUUUUCCCUUUAAUUUUUAUGGUCUGCAGAAUAAAGAUAAUAACUAGUUAAUGAUGUCAGAUAUCGGCUUUAUCCUGUUCAGACCGAAUGGGAAAUUCCGCUUUGCAAGCUUCAUUGAAUUUCCCAUUGUUACCUUCACAGGAUAGAGCCGAUAUCCUACUUCAUUAACUAGUUAUUCUCUGUAUCUAGGGAAGCCUCUAGAAGAGCCUCGAUUUUAUCAUACAUUGCAUGUUACAGUAAUGUCUUAGGAAGCUUUCGGUCAUACACUGCAUGUUAUCAUGGUCACGUUUAUUAGAGCUUUUAUCAAAACAAAAUGUACUUGUUAUUUCUGGUAGUUUACGGACCUGUAAAUACACUGUGAUCGUCUAAAAUUGGAGGAUAGUUUUGUGGAGGGUUUAAUUUCUUGUUUAUGUUGAACUGUUAUCUUUGAAAGUAGCAGACUGUUUUAGAGUGGGAGGGAGAUACAUGUCUCUGCUGAACGCAGAAUGAACAAAUUGUUUUUUGUUAUUUUUGCUGAUCGUAUAAAAACUGUUACCAGCGUUGAAUUAUUACUGCUUGUAGCGGAGUUUCUGCCACAAGAAUAUAAUCUUAUUUCUUCCGAUAGUAUACGAAUCUGUAAAUAUGGCUUGUGAUGGUCUAGAAUUGUUAAAAGUUAUUUCUAGGGAAAGUUCUGCCACAGGAAUGUAUUAGUAUAGAACUGUAAAUAGAAUUAUUACGGUGAUUUAUCAAGUUUCUUUCACAAGAAUUAAGUAAUCUGUUAUUUCUGUCAGUAGAAUUGAUAUCUGCGGGAUUGUUUCUUAUUUAAUUUGCAGUUUAAUAACGUUUAACCUGUGGAUUUUUUUUUAUUUUAUGAAUAAAUAUUUUUGUAUAUUCUACAUUAAAUGUAUUAAAGUUAAACGUGACAUGUAUUUUUAUAACCAUAAAGAAAUUAUUUAUUUAAAUUUUUUUAUUUAUGCUCUAAAAUAAUUUGCUGAAACUAAUAUUACAAACCCAAAAAUUAAUUCCAAAUGAUCAGUUGACAGCUUUAUCAUGGUUUGUCACUUGGACUCUCUUAUACAGAGAUGCCAUUUUGAAUGUGAUAGUGAUAAUGAUUCUGAAAGUUGCUGCAUGAAGUGCAGUUUGAGGUGAGUCGUUCCUCCACACUGAUUUAUUCAGGUGAAAAUCACAAUUUUUCUGAAAUUGCAGAUUUUAGCGCCAACUGAAAACUGUUUCUGUGCCGGUUUGUUAAUUAAAAAGUUUUAACCUCAGCUUUUCAGGAUCGUGCAGUUUUCUCGGGGUACAUUCUAAUGUCAUUUUCAUUCCAGUAUUUAUCCCUUUUUUUCCACAACACAGUUUACUGUAGGCAUAACCUGGCUCUUAACAAAAGAAAAUGAUUUAUGGGAAAAUGUGCUUGAUAUGCUUGUAACAAAGUUUGAGGUCUAAAGAAGCAGUUGCUGUUAUUAAUAAUAUCUUUGUUUGCGGCUUUAUUCAGCAGAGCGCGCCACUGCUAUUACUAGUAUUGUACAGUUUAAAGCUAAUAAUAAUGUAUCCUCUUUACUUGAACUAUACAGACACAACCCUACAGCAAUCGCUGUAUGUAAUUACUAUCCUUAACCAUUAUUACAUGUGCUCAGUGAAUCUCAGAUUAUUAUCAACAUAUUAUUAUAUAUUUCUAUUGUAAAGGUGAGUUCUCCUUGUACAGCUUGCGUUAAUGAUCUGUAUCAUCCAUUUUGAUUUGUUGAGAGCUUACAUGCAUAACUGUAACAUCCAUUCUGAUUGGUCAAGAUCUUAUGAUUAUGACUUUUUCUGAUCUGUAACAUCUGGGCCCGUGCGUAUAAAAUUCUAGUUUACACUCAGUCUCUAAUGAUGUCACAGGCAUUAUUCAAUUUAUAUGAGGUUGCCAUGACCGUUAACUUCUAAUCUCUAACAUGCAAAUUGACUAGACAAAAUUUAUAAGAGUACUUAAGAUCUUUAACCUUCAAUUUUGAUCAGUGAAAAACUUAAGAUUAGGACUUGUUCCAGUUUAGUUUGACUUUCUCAAGUUAAGAUAAUUUAAUUCACUCUUGGUGUUCUCAGUACAGUUAAGUUGUAUGAUACAAAUUGUUACUAAAAGUUAUCAUGUAUGAAUCCACCUUUAAAAGAACAAGGGCCAAAUUUAUGAUGGUUGUUUUUCUUAAACUAUGUGUUAAGCAUUGUAAAUGUAUGCAGUUAGAUGUGUUAAGCAUUGUAAAUGUAUGCAGUUAGAUGUGUUAAGCAUUGUAAAUGUAUGCAGUUACAUACUUUUAAGAUAUAAAGCGGCUUUGUAAAUAUCAACCUCAAAUGUUUGAUGAUUCUUCAUAGUACAUUUUGUAUGUUAUUCAUUGUACAUUUAAGCUACCGAUGAGAAAUACAUAUAUUUAUAUAUAUUUAUAAAAGGAACUGUGUAAUCAACCAAAUAUAUUUACAACAAUGUAAUACUAUGUCUUUUACCAUUUUACAUGUAACAUUGAAAUGUUUGCAUCAGGUGUAGGUAUGAAACCAUUUCCCUUUUUGUUAUCUCACAGGGAUGUAUAUAUUUUUUUUGAGUGAAAAAUGCCAUCUCUGGUUAAAGGAAUUGCUUCAUGUGACAUAUCCCUUCCAUAAAGAAGCAGGAAAUAUGGUUUCCACACAUCAUUUUCUAAUGUGAACACUGUAAAUAAAAAGUGAGCAUACUUUUUAAAUAGUGCUUUGUAAAGUUCAGUAGGCAUUGAAUUUGGAGAUUUUUUUUAUAUAUUUUUUAAAACAAUUUAUAAUAGGGCAUGUGUUCUCUUUCUCAUAUGGUAAAAUAGUUCCCAUCCAAAGAUUUAUCAUAUUUUAUCUAAUAAUAUACAUUGUGUAUUUCUGAGUUUUUAAAAAAGAAAAAUUUAAAGACCACAGAAGAUACCAACUGUACUUAAUGAUCAGAGAAAUCCAGUUUCGUACUUGAGAUUUUUAAGUUGAUUUGUUUGAGAAUGAUAUUUUUUUUUAUUAUUUUUUUUUUUGUAAUUUGUAGAAAUUUUAAUCAUGAAGCCAUCUUUGAAAAGUAUCAUUGGUAUGCUGGCCCAACCCGUUAUUUUAUUAGUGGGUGUGUUGGUGCGAAUCUUUCUCUCUUUUUUGAUCAUUUGUUGAUGAAAUUCAUAAAAGGUGUCAUUGAAUUUCGUUAAUUAUCAGAAAUGAAAGCAACACAAAUUUAAAGCAUGUUGUUUGUUUGUUUGUUUUUUCAAUUAUUAUUUAGUGUGUGGGGGGGGGGGUGUUUGUUUUUUGGGGUUUUUUGGAGGGGUGUAUUUUUAACCUAUGAGAAUAAAAACUGUUUAUCAAAUAUACAUUGAUAAAUAAACGUGUUAUUUUGGGGUUGGUGGGUUUAGGGGAUGCAUUUUUGAUUGGAAUGCACAUGAAGUAUUUGCUAAACAUUUGCUUGUUUGAUGUUUUGUCAGAAUAUAUACAGUAUAUACCAUCUAUACCUACAUUUGUUUAUCCCGAAUAUAUUAAUUAUGACACAUCAAAAUGUUUAUAUAAGAGAACGCUACACAUACUUUAUUGUUAUAUAUGUAUAUAUAGAACAUGUUUAUAUACAGAAAGAGAAUUAUCUUUAAAUGGUGUUGUCUUUUCAGUUCUGUUGCUAACAUUUGGGGGUGGGGGUAGAGGUGACCAUAAUAUAUCCCUUCUUGGCUUACAUACAGUAAUAGUAUAUUUGGCCAAAAAAGUUUAGCAGUUUGGUAGAAGUGCUUAAAUAAAAUAAAACUGGUGACUUACAAAAUAAAAUCACACUUGAUUUAAUUGAGGCAUCAUUUGUCAGUAUAACUAACAGGAGAUUUUUCAAUACAAAAUGAAGUGUGCCACUGUCACUGUUAGAUGGUGCUUGGGACUCAUACACGAAAAUCAGAAAAAUGUCUAACAUUUUGGGGUCUAUAUGCACCACAAACAGGAUAGUACAUACCACAGCAUUUGAUCUAUUGCCAUUUGUUAAAAAUGUGCUGAGAUGUCACUAAUUAAAACAUUCCUGGGGUGGGAUUGGUGUCGGUUGAGUGCUCACCUGAGGUGCUUUGCGUCACAGGAUCGAAUCAUCUCAAUAGAUCCAUUCAGCUGAUUGGGGUUUUUCUUGUUCCAAGCAUUGCACCACAACUGGUCAAAGGCCAUGGU